AUGACGACAGCAGCAAUAUUCGGCUGCACGGGAGCAGUCGGCUCUCAGAUUCUGGCUACACUCCUCGCCACAGACGCAUUCUCAACGGUGAAGACUAUCUCUAGAAGACUCCCAAAUGUACAGUCAGCUAAGCUGCAAACACUCGAGGAAAGCGACACCUCAAAAUGGGGUGGCAUGAUCUCAUCUCUUGCUCCCAAGGCGUCGGUGGUUUUCAAUGCGGUCGGUACUACCACGGCGACAGCAGGAAGCAUCAAGAAUCAGUGGAAGAUCGAUCAUGAUUUAUGUAUUGAGAAUGCGCGAGCUGCCAAGGCGGCGGGGGUGAAGACGUAUGUUUUCAUUUCCAGUGGAGGGACCAGAAGUCUUCUCUGGGGAUGGGUUCCAUAUUCGAAGAUGAAGGUUGGCGUCGAGGAUGCUAUCAAGGAGCUUGGUUUUGAUAAUGCUGUCAUUCUGAGACCGGGGAUGAUUAUUGGGAGGGAGGAAUCCAAGUCUUUUCUUCUAGAAAAGUUUGUGGAAGGUCUUCAGAAACUGGGACAGGGCGUACAGGAUAAAGUUGGUCAAAAUCAAACAACUAUUGGUAGAGCAGCUGUAGCAGCUGCUCGUAUGGCUGAAGAGGGCAAAGCCCCGUCAAACUAUUGGGUUCUGGAGCAGGCUGAUGUUGUUAGACUUGGUAGAGACGACUGGAAGGAGUAA